CUUCACCGACAUGACUGCUUCUCCUUAGCUUCCCCUCUCCCCUCUUCGUUCUCCCCGUUGCUCUUGGUUCGCAUCAUUCAGAUCGCUCAAUUGGUCACUCGACAUCUCUUCACCAGGUUUGGGCGUCGAGAUAAUAUAUCACGCUAUUCGUAGCUCAAGAAACGGCCGGCACUUGACAUCCGAGAUCUCCCACGCCAUUUGGUCUUUUACCCAUAACGGUCCAUACCCUCUCCGUCAGGGAUUCCCCGUUGCCCGUUGUAUCUUGCCAUUUACAAAAAGUCUUGGGUCUGCCCCAGACGUCCCUUGCCUUGCUCCCGGUGAAAGUGUGUGAGAGAAAGAGAGAGAUAACGCCGUCCACCGUUUACUCGCUUCUUUCACGAACCCCAAAACUCGGUUCGCUACUCCUUGUCACCAACACAUUUCAACCAUGCGAUACUCACAUACACACGACGCGCAGACUCAGCCCAAACGCGCACCCAUGCAGCAGCUGGUCAUGGACAUCCGCUCCAUCGACAGGGAGGAGAACCGUCGGCGCAUGAGGAACGGCGAGCUCUACUGGGCCUUCACCCCGGACCUCAUCGCCGACCGGAAACGGUGCAAGACGGCCUGCGACAAGCUCAACAACGCUGGCGACAUGAGCCGCCGCACCCUCAUCGGACUGUGGAAAGACAUCAACGGAGACACGAUCCCUCUUCCUCCACCGCGUAUCCGCCGGGAUGAGGACGAUGCCCUCCUCGAGGAGUACCCAUGGAUCGAUACCCCCAUAAAGAUGGACUACGGCUACAACGUAAAACUGGGCGACAACGUGUACGUCAACUCCAACAGCACGUGGGUAGACACCUGCCUCAUCACCGUGGGCUCGCGCACUCUCAUCGGCCCCAACUGCUCCUUCUACAGCGGUGAGCACCCGCUGGACCCCACCCUGCGCAACGGCACCCGUGGCCCAGAAAGCGGGAAGCCCAUCACCAUCGGCGAGGACUGUUGGUUCGGCGGAAACGUCAUCGUGCUGCCGGGCGUCACCAUCGGCCGCGGCGUCACCGUCGGCGCAGGGAGCGUAGUGACCAAGGACGUGCCGGACUACGUGUGCGUCGUCGGCAACCCGGCGCGGAUAAUUAAAAAGAUUGUGCCGUCGCAGCCAUUGGUCACGGGGUCGGCGCCGUCGUUAUCGACCAAUAUCAAUUAUAGCUCUACGAUGUAGUAAUAUCAUCAUGUUCCUCGUUGCACUCGU